AUGGAAGGAACCGUUCGGUCCGGUUCGGAUUUCGAUAUAGUUUUGUUCGUUAGAGGCGUGCGGGCGGAGUGGGAGAGCGGUAAUGUGGCGCGCCAGUGGCGGGAGAAUCUUUCGCGCCACGUGGACGGCCUCCAGCGCCGCCUCCCGCAAUUCCCGCUGCCGAGCAUUGCGCGCCAAGCGCGCGCAGAUCCCGCUUCCGCAAAUGGCGCGGAACGCCCGCCGGGACUCAAGGAUGUGGGGGUGCGCGCGACGGGGAACGCGCGUUCAGGCGGAGCGCAAGGGGGAGGAGCGGAGGGAAAUGACUCGCGGGGGGACGAGGACGGCGCGGAAACUCGGAGAAACACCACGGGUGCGCCUACUGGCACCAUUGCGCAGGCGGGGCAAGCGCGGAGCAGCAAGGCCGGGGGGGCGAGCGCGCGGAAGUGGGGGCGCGAGACGGUGAAGCAGCGCAUGGAGCGGUGGCGCCGCGAGCGGGAGAUGAUGAUGAUGCGCGCGGCGGAGGAGGAGAGGCGGAAGGAGGAGGGGGAGGGGGAAGGGGAAGGGGAGGGGCCGCGGGAAGUGGCGGUGGAGGAGCUGUAUGUGGCGCGCAGCAGACACUACACUCCCAACGUGCUCACCUUCGGGUAUGUCUCACCCCGUACCCCCUACCCCAUGUCCCCAAGUCGUGAGCAGCAGGCACUACACGCCCAAUGCACCCCCAAUGCCGCCAUUUUGCCCGCCCGAGUCUACCCCCCCACUGUCCCCCACGCUUCACCCCUCUCCCACACCACCACUCCCCACUGCUCCUCCUCUCUUCUACACCACUUGCCCCCAUUCGCCACCCAUUGCCCCUAUGCCCCCCAAUCUCUCUCCCACGCGAUAGAUGGAGUAUUGGGUGCUGCUCUCUGCGGGCGCUGCUCCCCAUUACCCCUAUACCCCUGCCUGUUCUGGGACAUUUCGUAUUCAUUCAAGGAAUGGACGGAGUACUGGGCGCUGCUCUCCACAGGCGAGCUCUACCUCGGCCUGCCCCACGGGGACCCGCGCCACUUCGACUUCCACCACGACCGCCGCACCAACCCGCACCGCUUUGUACCGCUCUCGCACUCCCACGGCCCGGCGCACGAGUUUGACUACGUCGGGUGCCAGGUGGCGCUGGCGCCAGGUCAGCAGGAGGUGCGGGUGGGCGGCGGCGAUGUGGUGUUUAAGAGGGUCCAGCCGUGCGAGGCGGAGGAGGGGUGUCGGUUGGAAGGGAGGUUCGUUCACGCCGCGGCUCGGGACUUUGUGGAUGCAGCAGAAGCUUCGGGGGUGCAUGGUGGGACGACUGUGACUUUCCGAGGAGACGGGACGUUCAGCGUGCAGGGAGCAACGGGGAUCUUGCCGUGUAAAGCAGGGGGUGUGAGCGUGGGGGAGGGAGCGGGGACGGGGAUGGGGGCAGGGAGAGGGGUAGGGUCGGAGGGGAGGGAACAGGAGGUGGAUGAUGAGGAGAGGGAGGGGAGGGGGGAGUAUGAGAUAAGGGGGAAGGGCAUUGAGUUGCGGUAUGAAGGGGGACGCGUGGAGGAUGCGUUCUUCUUUGAGUACCCGGGGUCGGGUGGUGGAGAGGUGAACAUCAACGGCACCACGUACCACAGAGUGGUGGAGCAGGGUGGGGAGCAGUGA